AUGGGAGGAGCUGAUCUGCUUGAAGGGUCUCCAAGGGGUCUUGAGCUUCUACCGCACCUCUCAAACGUUGGGGGGACAAUCUCUUUAACUGGUCCGUUGGAAGCCAUACAUGAGAACGGAAAUGCAGGACCUCCAGCAAAACCCCCAGUCGAGAUCAUAAGUGACCUGCGUGAGGGUCCUGACGCAGAGGGUAAAUACAGCUUCAACUUCGAGAGUGGUGACGGUACCAUUCGUAAGGAACAAGGAGCUCCCCAGGGCGAGUCUGGCGCAGUGGCAACUCAAGGAGAAUGGUCGUUUACCUUCCCUGAUGGCACUCCUGGUCAGUUCUCCUUCGUUGCUGACGGUGAAGGCUUCAAAGUACAGUCUGACCUGUUACCACAGGCCCCACCGCUGCCUCCUCACGCUGUAGCCCAGAUCGAGGCAGCUCGACUGGAGGAUGAAGCUGCAGCAGCUGCUGCUGCUGCUGCACCUUCGCCAGUUUAUGGUGCACCUUAGAUGUCUUUUUCACAUCAUGUGCUUAAUUAAGGAUAUAGCCGAAAUUUUAUAGUGUAGGCUUUGGUGUUUACGAAAUGAACAUGAAGAUCAAGGGAAUUACUUUCUCAGUAUUAGCCAUUUCAUAACAUUUCGAUCACCAUGUUUUAACACUGUUCUUUAUCUGCAGUGCUUCAGUUAGGUAACGAAUUACAUAUUUUAUCUUUUAAUGCAUUAAAUUUCCACAAUGCCUUGAAUUUUCUCGUUCUCUGGAUUUCCGUCUUAACGGCAGCUGCCUGGGAUUGUAACUACAAAUAUGUAACUGACUGAGCCCGUGGUCAUCAAGGACAUUAUUAUCACACCGACUAUAUGAGAUCUUAAUUAUUGACCUCCAUCAAUAUUAUCUCUUG